UCUCCUCAGGCCGCCACAGAAGAGGAGAAGCCGAAACUGAAAAUCUGCUGUGCCUGUCCGGAGACACGCAAGCCGCGCGACGAGUGUGUUGUCGAGAAGGGUGAGGAGUCCUGUGGAGAGUACAUCGAGGCGCAUAAGGUUUGCCUGCGGUCGCACGGGUUCAAGGUG